AUGCCUCCCAGACCUCACCCACCUCUGCAGAUCCCCGAUUCCUACGCUACCCUUCCUCUCAAGCAGAUCAAAGUCUCUCACGUCCCCGAAUCCUCGCCAACACCUACACCGGUGCUUAUCAUAACAUUAAAUAGACCGCAGAAACACAAUGCCUUCACCGAUCAAAUGCGGGAAGAUAUGGAACGGGUUUACGAACUCAUCGACAUUGAUCCACGGGUCAAGGUAGUUGUCUUGACCGGUGCGGGACGGAGCUUCUGCGCAGGAGCUGAUCUGGAGAUUGGAUUCUUGGGAGCAAAAGAUACAACUGGCGAGGUUAAGAAUCCCAAAACAGAACGUGAUGUAGAUCACAGAGAUGGCGGAGGGAGAACUUCUUUGGCAAUCCACCACUGUUCCAAGCCAACCAUCGCUGCCAUCCAAGGUGCGGCUGUCGGUGUCGGCAUUACCAUGUGCCUACCAGCAUGCAUCCGAAUCGCAUAUGCGAAAGCCAAGAUUGGCUUCGUGUUCAGUAGACGAGGGCUCAUCAUGGAAGCCUGCUCCUCCUUCUUCCUCCCGCGGUUGAUUGGCCAUUCCAGAGCCCUGCAUUUGACCACGACCGGCUCCGUGUAUCCUGCAGAGAGCCCGCUGUUUGGCACUCUUUUCUCUGAGCUAUGUCCAACGCCAGAGGCAACCUUGGCUCGAGCACUCGAGCUUGCGGAUGAGGUUGCAAAGAAUACAUCGACCGUCUCGACAAAGCUCAUGAGGGAGCUUAUGUACCGAGGAGCGGACAGUGCAGAGGGUGCCCAUCUUCUUGAUUCCAAGGUCAUCCACGGCUUGUUUGGGAGCAAGGACAAUCUUGAAGGUGUUCAGAGCUUCUUGGAGAAGAGACCGGUCAACUUCACCGGGCAGUUGCCUCAGGAUGCCCCAGCUGCAUAUCCCUGGUGGGAACAGAUCGAUAUUGGCGAAAAGGGGCCAGACCCAAGAGGCAAGCCCAAGCUGUAG